AAUCAGUUCUCGUUUAAACGCGACGCAACGAGCAUGCAGCCGUUGCUCCUGGUGCUGGCCCUUUGUGUGGCGCAAACUUAUGCCCUCUUCGGGGGCUCUCCAGCAGACUAUAAUGACAGCUACGACGAGGAUACCGGGAUGCAGCCCCCGUGGCAGCCCGAACCGCUGAAGCCAGCCCCCUGGCAGUCGGAACCACAAUAUUCUCAGCCCCAUGAAGCCAUUGUUACAGUUCCCGAAGUCGGACACAUUUCCGGGAUCAAAAACUUUAAGACCAUUGCUAAUCGUCCGGUGAAUGCUUUCCUGGGUCUGCGGUACGCAAAAGUGGGAGGCGGCUUGGCACGCUUCCAGGCUGCGCAACCAAUAGGAUUCCAGGGAAGGGUUAGUGCCACCGAAAAGAGCCCGAACUGCGCCCAGUUCCCGGAGCUAGACCGUCUGAGGGACUCCGAGUCCAGGGGAGAAAACGUCGACGACUGCCUCACAUUGGACAUCUACGCACCGGAUGGCGCCAGUCAGCUGCCCGUGUUGGUCUUCGUGCACGGUGAAAUGCUCUUCGACGGCGGCUCCGAGGAGGCACAACCGGACUACGUUCUCGAGAAGGAUGUGCUCUUGGUCUCCAUUAACUAUCGGCUGGCUCCCUUCGGCUUCCUGAGCGCGCUGAGCGACGAGCUUCCCGGAAAUGUGGCCCUCUCCGAUCUGCACUUGGCCCUGGAAUGGCUGCAGCGCAAUCUGGCCUACUUUGGUGGCAAUCCCGACAAGGUGACCCUGGUAGGUCAGGCGGGUGGCGCCACAUUGGCCCACGCCUUGAGCCUCAGUGGGCGGGCCAACAAGCUGUUCCAGCAGCUGAUCCUGCAGUCGGGUACCGCCCUGAAUCCUUAUCUGAUUGACGAGGAACCCCUUGAAACCCUGCACACUUUCGCACGUCUCGCCCGCUGUCCACCCUUCCACCUUUCCUCCCACGGACUCGCGUCCAUUUACGACUGCCUCAGCCGGUUGUCCACCUCCCAAUUGGUGGCCGCCUUCGAAAAACUGCUCGUGCAGAACGAGCCGCUAGGCCUCGCCCACUUGGGUGGCUUCAAACUGGUCGUCGGCGACUCCCUGGGCUACCUGCCCAGCCACCCAGUCUCCAUGGUCACGAACGGUAGCCUUGCGCUGCCCACUAUUUUCGGUGCCACCAAAGACGCCAGCUCCUUCGUCAUAUCGCGGAUCUACGAUCAGAUCGCUCGUCUGCAGUCCCACAAUGUGAGUGAUUUUAUCGACGUAGUCCUUCGCCACACAGCUCCUUCCAGAGAUCACCCCAAAUGGAAGCAGUGGGCACUUCGCGAAAUAUUCAGUCCCGAGCAGCAAUUCACGGCCAGCCUAAAAUCAGUAGCCAAUGGUCUGCUGGAGCUAAGCAACUACAUCCUGUACCGUGCACCCGUGAUAAACACCAUUCGUAACCGCUGGACCCCGGCCUACCUAUACAUUUUUGAUUAUCGCGGACAGUACCACCGGUUCGGGCACUUGUCCAAUCCUCUUCCCUUUGGUGUGGACGCUUCCCUCAGCGACGACAGCGUAUACCUUUUCCCCUAUCCGCCAGAGGCCAGUUACCUGAAUCCCUUGGACAGGUCCCUGUCCCGCAACUUGGUCACUAUGUGGGUGAACUUUGCUGCCACUGGCGUACCCAAUCCAAAUCCAGGCGAAUGGCCGCAGGCUUCUUCUGAGUAUGGUCCCGUCCUGCGUUUUACAAACUCUCGCCAAAAUCCGCUCGAGCUGGACCAGCACUUUGGCGAGGGCAUCAACGUACCCGAAAAUAGCUUGGUUAGAUUUAAGCCAGCUAUCAACUCCACAGUUCCCACAACCUCGACUACCACAACAACUACCAACCGUCCGUACGCUAUUAACCCAUACGCCAAUUGGCAAAUUAGACCGCCCCAGCAACAGACUUGGCAUCCUGCCGAUCCGGAAUACGUCAGAGCUCAAGAAGCCCGUCAGCAACAGUUUAUCCUGGAAAGAGAGCAGCGUUGGCGUCAGCAGCAGCAGCGCCGCCCUCAGCAGGAGUCCCGCCAGCAGGAAGAAGUACCAUUCCAUCAGCAGCAAUGGCGAGAAGGCCAACAGCGAGAGCAACAAGAGCGAGAACGUCAGCAGCAGGAGCAGGCAGAGCGAGUCCGUCAGCAAAGGGAACGUGAGGAGCUAGAAAGAAGGCAGCGAGAACGAGAACAGGAAGAAAGAGAGCAGCGAGAACGAGAGCAGCAAGAACGAGAACAUCAAGAACGAGAACAGCAAGAACGAGAGCAUCGAGAACGUCAGGGAAAAGGACAAGAUCAACAGUCUGCCAAUACCCCACCAGUAGAUGAUAAUAACAGUUGGGGCUAUUCCACUUACAACAAUGAGCAGCAACAGCGAGAACAGCAGGAACGAGAGCAACAACGACGAGAGCAGAAAGUACAAGACCAACAAGAGCGAGAUCGCGAGCAACGGGAACGCGAGCAACAAGAACGUGAGCAACAGCUAGAAAAUAUUCCGGAAGGUGAUCGCCAACCGUAUCCCUCGUACGAACACUUUGAACACGAAGACAAUGAAAACCCAUCUGAAUUGGACUCCGCACACAACUACAAAGAGGAGGAAGACCGCGAGCAACAACGGCAAGAGCAACUGCGUCGAGAGCAGCAGGAACACUCAGAGCGGGAAUAUCAUUUGCAACAGGAGCGGGAGCAGCAAGAGCGUACCCAGGACUAUCAGCCGGAAGACAGACCGGAAGACUACCCAAGCUAUGAGGAGUAUAUUAAAGCCCAUGAAGCAAAAAAUGCGGAGCGAUACUACGCAGAGGAGCAAGAGCGCGAACGACAGCAGCAAGAACAGUUACAUCAAGAGAGGCAAGAGCGGCCGGAAGAAAGUCUUCCAGAUGAACGCCAGGCUUAUCCAACGUAUGACACAUACGAUCCCGAUGUAAACAAUGCCGGGAAGCAGGAACGCGAGGAACAGCGAAGGGACCAGGUGGAACAGGAAAGAGACCAAAAGCAUGGCGACGAUCAAGGAGCGGAAUACGAACGGUCCCAUGAAGAAGGAACUGAACAGGAAGGGCUCAAGGUCGAGGACUUCCCCAGCUACGAGGCUUACGUGGAAGCAGAAACGAGGCUUCGAGAGAAACAGGAGGAAGCCGAGAGAUUGGAAGACGAACGUAAUAGGGCCCAACAGGAGGAGGAAGACCGCGUCCAGGCAGAGAGGCAAAGUAACCCUCCGCGUCAAAUUUCGCAGCUGAGAAGCCUUGUCAUCGGUCCCCAGCACAUGAAGCUUUUUUCCAGGCAGUAGUAGAUGAUACCAUUAGGUUAUGGGCCAUAAUCUUUCAAUUUCAAAAUAUAUGAAUUUCAAAAUCAACAGCGUUAUAUUCUGGUGUAUUCUUGAGAAUUGAAAGGCUUGGCUUGCGGAGUUUUAUAAGCAGUUUAAUUUUUCGAUUCUCGAAUUCAAUGUUUUAAGCGCUUACGUUUUCGAAUAAAUAAUUUUUAAAUAAUCUGUGUAAAAAUAA